AUAUUACAUGCAGUUAUAAUAUGCACUUUUGUUUUAUUAUGCAUUUGUUUAUAGAAUAAAAUCCAUAUUCACUGAUACAUUUUAGUUGGCCUCUGUUUCCAAAUAAUUUCGUUAAAAUAAAUAGGCUACCUCAGCCAAGUUUAGUUUUCUCUAUUUUGUACCAUACACCUAUAUUUUGGAUUAAUCAAAACUGAGGAUUUAUUAAAAGCCAAUAUUAUGUAAAUACGCACUCCGGACAUCACGUUUGGCAACUAUUGUAUUUUUUUUAAGUCUUAAAGGUCAUUAGUAUUUCGUAUGGUAUUUUAAGUUAUAGCUACGUUGAUAUGCAGGCAUUAAAUGUACGAAAACAAAGAAAGGCGCUGUUGCGCGAGACCGUAACCAUAGUUACUGUGUCAGUGUCUCCAUAGAAAUGUAACAACAAACCACUGCUCUAGUUUGACCGGUAGUGUAAUUCAUUGUGGUGAACACGGAUGUUAUUCUCAAAUCCCUCAUAUUAAAGGGACAUUUUUAAUACCCGUGCCUGAAAUUUUUCACUUUUACGAGACAACAGUGUCACUACAGCUUCAGAGAAAUGGUUAGUAUUCCUUUAACCCACACACACGAACAUUAUAAUUUGUGGACAGGAGGAAUAAACUAUUUACUGUCUUUGAAGCCUCAAAGUGCCACGUCCUUAUCUGGAAAGAUGUCAGGCAGCAGCGCUUUUUCUCGUCGCUAUCGCACGCGAGCUCUUACCUCUCACGUGGACGAGACCCUCUUCGGGACCCCCAAACAGCAUUUUGCCGAUAUUAAAGAUGUUUCUGAAGGGGAAAGUGCAAGGUCACGCUCACUGUCACGCUCCGCUCCUGCUAAAUCCGAGACAGUCCGCAUAAUCACCAAAGAUCUAAUCAGGGAACUCAGAAUCCCAGGCGAAGACCCGUCGGGGCAGUCUAUCAUUCUGUCCUCCGCUGAGUUCAAGCGAAUCAUAUCCGAGUCAUAUGUUGCCAGUGAAGAGGAGAAAGUGGCCAUACAAGAGGCCCAGCGUAAAGCUCGAGAGGAAGCCAUGGAUGCUGCAGAGCAGAGAAAAGCACAGAUGCGCCAAGCAGACCUGUCCCGACAGAAGAACCAGAACCUAAGCGAGCUGGAGGCAGAGGCGAGGGACCGUGCUCAGUACCUGCUGGAACGGGCCAACACCUUGAGAAUGGAACAAGAGGACGAAGUCAAGAAGCUAAAUGAGUUGAUCCAGCAGGUGCAGUGCCAUGUUGUGCGGGAUGCUCAGAUUCAAGAGAAGCAGCAAAAUGUCUCACAGUGGGUUGAGGAGGAGAGGAGACUGGAUGCUAUGAUGGAGGUGGAACGACUCCGGGCCCUGGAAGCCCAGGAGGAAACUGAAGAGCUACACAAACAGCAAAGGAUUGAGGGUAAGCUGUGCAUCCUGGACCAGAUCCAACAGCGUCUAGAGGACAAGAUGCUACAGGAAGAGGUGAAGGAGCAAGAGGGCCAGCAGAUGCUAGAGAACAUGGAAAGGGUGCAGAUGGAGGAGCUCAAGGCAAUUGAAAGGAAAAAAGAGGAGCAGAGGAAACUACUGCAUGAGAUUCAGAAGAUAAAUGAGGAGAAUCUGCUUGCUAAGGAGCGAAAGAAGGAAGAGGAGAAAUUGGCAGAUCUGCGCGCUGUAGAGUAUACACAAAAGAAAUUGGAGCAAGCAGCAGAGUAUGAAGCUGAGCAGAUACGAAUAAAGAAGGAGAAAGAGAAAGAGGUGGCACGACUGAGAGCUCUUCAGGAAAGAGACAGAGAUCACAAAGCUGAGCGGAACCGUGAAAUGCAGUGGCGGUCAGUGACUUCUCUUCCGAGGGGUGCAAAAUAUGUGUUCGGAGUGUCGUGUGUGUUGCUUGUCAUGUCAAAAUAUGUGUUCGUUGCGUCAUGUGAACCAUGUGCAUCGUGCAUCUUGUCAAAAUACGUGCCUGCUGCACAUGCGUCAAAAGGUUUUAUUAUAAAAAAAGACGCUCACUUUCACAAAAUACUCACAAGACACUCACUUAACAGUACACUACAUGUAUGAAAACACAUUAGAUUAAGCGAUAACAGAGGCAAACGCAAGCGCCUCUGUUAUCAUAAACCCUUUAGAUGUGUGUGCAGCAGGUACGUAUUUUGACGAGACAUGAUUCACAUGGCGCGCCGAACAGGUAUUUAGGAGCCACACACAUGAUGGGCUAAAUACAUGAUGUGACCAUCUUCGCAUCAUGCGCCCUCGAAAAAGAAGUCACUGGCCACCACUGUUGAAAUUUAUAUAAAAAAAUUCAACAAGCCUUAAAGGUGGUGUGUGUAAAUUUUAGCGACAUCUAGUGGUGAGGUUGCGAUUUGCAACCAACAGCUCAUCCCUUAAUUUUAAAAUGCAUUUGUUAGCCACCACAGGACAAACUUGUUGUCGUCUGAGAUAACGUAGGGACGAAACUUGUUCUGUAGAAACAGUUGUCUGUUUAGAGCUACUGUAGAAACAUGACGGCUACUUUCAUUUAAGGGGACCCAGGGUGUAUGUAGAUAAAAAUGGCUCAUUCUAAGGUAAUAAAAACAAUACAGUUUAUUAUGUAUGGUCUUUAUACACCACUGAUAAUAUAGAUAUUUAUAUUAUAUUGCAUUUCUGUCAAGAAAUCCGUCUUAAAGUUAUACAAUACACCUUUAAUCAAUAUACCCUUCAGUACCCAUUCAAAAGAUACCCUUUUUCAUUUUAAACAAUGAAAUGUAUUUCUUAGUAGUCUACAGUAAUUUGUUUUUCUGA